AUGCCGCUGCCGGGAGGCGGCGGGGCCGCGGCCGCCGCCAGGCUGCCCGCGUCCGGCGAAGCGGCGGCGGCGACGCGGGAGGAGGAGCAGGAGGAGGAGGGCGAGGAGGACCUGCGCGACGGCGGCGUGCCGUUCUUCGUCAACCGCGGCGGGCUGCCGGUGGACGAGCCCACCUGGGAGCGGAUGUGGCGGCAUGUGGCCAGGAUCCACCCCGACGGGGAGCGGGUGGCGGAGCGCAUCCGCGGCGCCGCCGAUCUGCCCAAGAUUCCCAUACCAAGUGUGCCUGCGUUCCAGCCAUCCACCCCCAUCCCUGAGCGCCUGGAAGCUGUACAGCGCUACAUCAGGGAGCUUCAGUACAAUCACACUGGGACACAAUUCUUUGAGAUUAAGAAGAGCAGACCUCUGACUGGGCUGAUGGAUCUGGCCAAAGAAAUGACCAAAGAGGCCCUGCCAAUCAAAUGCCUGGAAGCUGUGAUCCUGGGAAUUUACCUCACCAACAACAUGACUACGCUGGACCGUUUCCCCAUCAGCUUCAAAACCCACUUCUCAGGGAACUACUUCCGACACAUCGUGCUGGGGGUGAACUUUGGAGGCCGCUAUGGGGCACUGGGCAUCAGCCGACGUGAAGAGCUCAUGUACAAAGCACCCGUCUUCCGCACACUGAGUGAACUCAUUUUUGACUUCGAGGAGGCGUAUCGCCGCUGCUGGCACACGCUCAAAAAGGUGAAGCUAGGGCACUGUGUAUCCCAUGACCCACACAGUGUGGAGCAGAUUGAGUGGAAGCAUUCCAUCUUGGAUCUAGACAAGCUAAGCCGGGAAGACUUCCGCAAAGAACUUGAGAGACACGCCCGUGACAUGAGGCUCAAGAUUGGCAAAGGAACAGGGCCACCGUCUCCCACCAAGGACAGAAAGAAAGAUGUUUCCUCCCCACAAAGAGGUCAGGCCAGUCCUCAUCGCCGCAACAGCCGUGGGGACCGACGGCCAUCUGGUGAGAAGAAGCCUGCUGACCCCAAAGCCAUGCCAGAUCUCAAUGGGUACCAAAUCCGGGUGUGAAAAAGCUCUACAGGCUUCUUGCUGGCCACAGCUGGGACCUGGAUCCACUUGCUGCAAUUCUGACAAAGGGGACAGGAGAGCAGGAAUGGAACAGAGUGCUGGUCUUACCAGGUACUUUCUAGUGGGCCAGUCCCAGAACUGGAUCCCAUGGGUCCCAAAGGGUUCACCUGCCUGUUUCUGGAAGAGGUGUCCAUCUUAACUCACUGAAAUAAGUAUUUUUUUAAAAAGAAAUAAAAAGAUCAGUACAUCUGUGGGAGUGUGCUGCAGGGACAAUAGGAAGUGAGUGGGAUCAGUGGACUUAUCAAUUUUUUGAGUUGACAGCAUGUAAGAUUAAGCAUCGCUUCAACAGUUCUUCCUCCCUACCUGCACAGAAGUCUUGAGCCUAUGCAGAGCAGAGGAAGGAGUGAUGCUGGAAUGGGAUGACCCCACAUCUUGUGCAAAAACUCCUGGUUUUGUCAUUCUGAAAGCAAUGCUCUUGUAAGAGGGCAUAAUUUUCUCAGCCCAAUUUAUUAUUGAUCAUGUAAGGGCCUCAUCUUCAUCUGGGGAAAUUGUAUCUUAUAUGUUUAAUCCUAUUUCAGUACAUUUCAUUGGCUCUGAGGGAGUAGGCAGAUAACAAUCUUAAGUCAUUGUGAUUCUGAGGAGUUGCUGCAAAGUGGGUCGAGAUAUGCCCAAGCCAUUGCCAUGUGAAAGCAGGCACAGAAACAUCCAUCAUCCCAGCAGGGGAGGUUGGGACUGGCUGGCAGCCUGAACUUUAAGUCAUCUCUUCAUCAGUCUUCUAUUUACUUGUAGCGACUGCUAAAUUGAAAGCUUAUGGAAGGUAUUUCUGUCACUGAAAUGUAAGUUUUAAGAGAAAAUACCUAAAGAAGAAUUUAUUGAUCUGAACAGGGUUUACAAGCAUUUCUCCUUUCCACAUAGAUCAUGCUUCUCCCUCAAUGAUACUAGUGCAAGUUACAGGCACCUGUUGGGAGGAAGCCUUGCUCAAUGAAGUUGUAACUGCUUUCCUACCAGUUCAGCAUCAAGCUUCCUGAAAGUUAUUUCCCAUCCCAGUCCUGGAGCUGUGCUUGUGUUCUGGCUCAUUGGAGAGCUGCAGUAUUUAACAGCACCACUUAAGCAAACCUUUCCCCAAGGGUCAGGCUGGACCUCUGCCUGGUUAUAGCUUUGACUGGAGUGUUUUACUGCUGAUUACGCUGUGUAAUGCUCGUCAGAAAUCUGGAGUGUUGUCAUGUCUCUCUUUGAAGUCUAAGACAGGGAAACUGGAGUUGGCAUAAAUCAGAACAGUGUGGCAUUGCAGUGAUCUGGUACACUGAUCUGGGGAUGCAAAAUUUGUGCCUGAGAGUUGCAGUGUCCUGGAAAGAAACUGAGACCCAUCUUACAACAACACUGACAAGGAGCUAAGCUUUCUGAAGUACUAAGUAUAUAAUUUUCUUAGAACUGGGCUUAUGCUUUCCUGUGGACUCAUUAGAAACAUGAUGGAGCUCAGCUCCAUCAGGGUUUUUUUUGUUGCAGGAUAGUUGUGCCGCACUCAUAAGCAGUGCUAUUCUGGUGGCAGAGAAUGGGUUCUUAUCCCCAAACAAAUCAGAUCUUCUGCCAAGUUAAAGCAGUGUUAAUCCUCAAAGCACCACCCACAAGCGAUUUAACUCAGGCCUUACAGGUUCCUAAUUGUACAUCUUUAACUGUGAUGUAACUCGCCAGGCGCUAUAUCCAUACCAUGCAGUUUGUCUUUCUGAGCUCUCUUAGUUGUCUGUACUUUUCUGCUCUGCUGCAUCACCAGGAGGACAGUACACAGGGUGGUGGCAUAACCUGCUGCUGAUUCAAGAUAAGGUUAUUGCAGAAGAGGAUAUUUGUUUCCAUACUGCAGUGCAACACCUGUCCCCUCCCUUGCAUUCCAGCUGUAUGCAACAACUUAAAAAUAGAUGGCAGUAGCAAGCCAAGCAGCCAGUUGAAUCCAUCCUCUGUUCAUUUCUGUGGCUGUAAAUUAACAUAUUUAGCAUCUGAGUACUAACAAUCGUAUUAGCUGUAAAGGUACCAUGGCUAACUGUAAAUAAUAUGGAUCAUUUGGAAGCCAAAAACUGCCUUUGCCUACUGUUUGCUAUGCAACAGACUGAAAGUUCAGGUGCCACUGUGAAUUAUAUAAUAAACACGAGCAGCAGUCAGCAAAGGAGACUGAAUGUCAGGUUUUAUUAAAGCAGAAGAAAUCCAGGAAAAAAAACGUAAGUCACAUGAAACUAGGAUGCAUCCACACCAUGACUCUGAUUGGCAAGUUAGUUUACUCAGAGUAACUGGAAAGAUUGAGAAUAAUUAGGAGCUUCAUAAAGAGCACAUUUAAUAGCUGGACAGACCUGAGUUUUUUUAGCUGGAGAGAAGGGGAAGUGCAUUGGGUGGGAGAAAACUUCAGAAAAGAUGUGGUAAGUGGAAGGGUCAGCUGCAUGCUAAUGAUGUUUUCUUAAGAGGUGAGCAAAAGGGAUGCUAAGCAGUGUUAGAUCACCAGGGCAGAAUGGCUAAAAACAAAAUGCUUUGUUUCACCCAUUAAUUAAGCACUUUCCUGCAGGAUGUAACUGAGGCCAAUAGUUUAGAAAACCAAGGAAGUGGAUGUUUAAAGAAUGAAUGACAGGUGGAGUUCAAGGUCUCUUAAUCCUCAUCCUUGAGAGCACUCACCAGCUGUAGCCAGAGACAAUAUCCUCUUUUAAGAUUUAGUUGCACAAUUAUGUACAUUAGGAGUCAUUUAAUUCUUCUUAUGUAUCUAGUAUCCACAACUCCUUAAGAUGGACACAGGAACAGACACUAGGUGUUACUAUUUCAAGCCACCUUCUGUUCCUCUGUGUGGAAGAAGCCCUGUCUUUUGCUCCGUAUCUCCAGUUCAACAGAGAGUACAAUGAAAGGGAAAAUGACCAAUUUUCCCCUUCUUGCUCUCGUUCCCUAUAGUCCCUAUUACAAGAUGAAUCACAUCAAUACAAAGUUUAGCUUCCUUGCUAACAAACAAGACAGCUGUCCCCUGUGACACAGAGGAUUAGUGCAACCCAGAUUUAUGCCCUGAGAAACUUGAGGGCACAGUUUAAAAUGAACCCUGCUUCUGCACUUCAGCUUCCUCAUCCAGCUACUCUGGCUUCUGCUCUAUCUGCCUUUAUCUAUUAAAAAAAAAAAAAAGGCUAGAGGUGAGUCUUUGUCACACUUCUGCAGCCUUUACAACUGCAGGAAAGGAAUGAAAACAAGGAUGUAGGGUGUAACUUGUACUCCUUAGUGCCUGCUGAAUAAAAAACAUGGCUCUUGAUGAGUCCUAUUAUUUAAUGUUACAUAUUAACAUGAUUGUUUGUUUAGCUCUGGGGUAUAAAUUUUCACUAUUCAGUAGGUCCCCUCUGAUGUCUGUUCUGCAUAUGAGCCCUCAUGAAUCCUGUGGAACUGCCUCCAGUACAGAGAUUGGAUAGAUACUGCCUACGUUGUAUGUGAAGUCCAGGUCAGCUUUGAAAGAAGUGACUGGAACAAAUGCUGACCUACUACUAGCAAAACUAUCUUAAAUAUAAUGCAAACCUUGAAAUAAGGAGAUAUUUUUAUGUAGAGAAGUCCCUUUGACAGCUGGCCAAUUGCAAUUUUUUUUCAUGGAUAAAAGCAUCAGUGAGCAAAACCAAGAACUUUCUGCCAUGGUGUCACUCUGAUAGCAUCAUAUACUGAGAAGUGGGAUCAAGUCUUCAUCAGCCCGUGACACACUGGCCUUUGGUUUUUUUUUUUUUGUUGUUGUUGUUUGUUUGUUUUUUUUAACUUUUAAAAUGUGAAAAGCUAAACAAGUCUUCAGAAACUUAAGAUAUAUUAGCAAGUGUUUUAGCUGGAAGUGGAGUGCUUUUAUUCAGUUGACUAUGAGUAUUUUACCUGUGUGCCACUGUGUGGGUCAGUACAAAGUAUGCUUGGAUGCCUACCAGAAUAAAUGACUCCAGAACUGUGGUUGGAACAUAGUCUGUGACCAUACAAUAGUGUGUUGCUGUUAUCAGAUGUUUAACGUGGGGGGUUUUUUAAUUAUUUUUUAAGUAUUUCAGGUGGAAGCCUUAAUCAGGUGCCUAUCCCUUAAGGUGGGCUCACAUGAUGUUGUACAGACUGAAACAUAACUGUCCUUAAAACUGCAGUUUAAGAAACCAUAACUAACAGAAGAAUCCUACUGUUGCCAAAAGGCAGGUCUGAAUCAGAUGCGCUUUACCCUGCUCAAGUGGUUCUGAAAAAUUGCUUUAGGAGGCUGGUUGCUUUAACCACUUGCUUCUUCUAAGUUAAGUAUUUCAAGUGGGGUCCUGAUAAUCAGGCACUAAAUAUAAGCAGGAUGGGCCUGUGCCCCAUGUGUACUGUGCAAGUCUGGCUGAAAUAAUACCAUGUAUUCUAGUUGUCUUGCACUGUUGUCCUAUUAACAGUAAGACCUGUAUUAUGGAGUUAAUAACUGAACCUAUGGAAGCAAGUUGUAUCCUAGCUUGGUUUUUGCUUUGCCAGAGCAAGGUGGAGAUGGUUCCUCUACAGCUAAGCUGAACUCCUAAGGGAAUUUAAUAUUUUUUGUCUGUUUUCCAAGCAGGUGUUUACUUGUAUCACAAGCACUCUCCUUCAGUGGUGCCCUGGCCCUGUCUGCUCAAAAGCAAUUCAAUUAGGCCAAGAAGGCGACUGAAUCCCCCAAGAUCUCUGCAGAGCAGAGUCUCCCUCCAGGUCAGGGUUGAGAUGGUGCUAGUGGGGCCACAGUGGUCCCCUUCCAUGCACAUCAUUGUUCCACUCUAGCAUAGGAUAGGGUGUUCCAAAACCAUUUACAUCUCUAUCACUGGUACAGCUCAGAACUAAUUAAAAAAUGGAAGGUUUCUUUCUUUAAGAAUCAUAUCAUGUGUGUCUUUUUGUAAUUAAUUGGUGUAGUUCUGUGUCUUUAUGUAGCCAGCACAGAACUCUUAUUUAGAGUUAGUUCUUACUGCACUUCCCAUAGCCCUCAUGUUGAUAAUUCUUCCUGCUUCCUUUGACACUUAGACAAUAAAACUGCCUCUGUACUGCUCUCAGUUGUGCAGAGAUAACACGA